AUGGCGCCUUCAAAUCCUCUUGCCAAUUGGCAGAAGAUCGGGGACAGCUUCUACCGCAAAGUCCCUCUGUAUGAUGCCAUUUUCGACGAGGACGUCGAACUAGAGAACUACAUCGUCGCGGGCGCCCCUUACGGAGGAGCGAUCGCGCUGUACCGCGAUGAAACCAAGCCAUACAGGCUUCAGGACGCGCAGGCUUCCCGAUCGAGCAUUGACAUCUAUACCUGCUCUGGAAAGCAGAUUAAUCGCAUCAAUUGGGAGCAAGCCACUAUCCGAGGGCUGGGCUGGUCCGACAAGGAGGAGCUCUUGGUCGUUGCCGAGGAUGGAACGGUGCGACGUUAUUUUGGCUUGGAUGGCGAGUUUACUUCCUUUUCUCUUGGGAACGGCGCCGAAGAAUAUGGCGUGAGAGCCUGUCAAUUCUGGGCCUCGGGCCUCGUGGCAUUGCUGUCAAAUAAUCAACUGAUUGCUGUCUCCAAAUAUGAUGAGCCGCGCCCAAGGUUGCUCGCUCCUUGCCCAGAGGGUGAGGUCUCCUCGUGGUCGUUGAUUCCGCCGGCGCAUACGCUUUCACGCUCUGUGGAAGUCCUGCUGGCCGUCGAUAAGACGAUCUUUUUGAUCGACUCGAACGACGCCGAGGACAAGAUCCUGCAGGAUGGCCCAUUUAAACAUGUGAGCGUGUCUCCGACCGGUCGCUUUGUCGCAAUCUUCACAGGGGAAGGCAAGCUAUGGGUGGUCAGCAACGACUUCCAGAACAAAUUCAGCGAAUAUGAUUCGAAAUCCCGGGUUCCUCCAAAUACCGUCAACUGGUGUGGGGAUGAUGCAGUCAUUCUUGCUUGGGAGGAUGAAAUGCACUUGGUUGGCCCGAAUGGUGUGGCAUCAAGGUACUACUACGACGGCCGCUUCCACCUUAUUCCCGAAUUCGAUGGGGUCCGGCUCAUGACUAAUGAUACGUGCGAGUUUCUGCACAAGGUCGCUGGCGUGACGGAGGAAAUAUUCCGAUUUGGCUCUUCUUCUCCAGCAUCUGUGCUUCUUGACUCCGUGGAACAGCUGGAGAAAAAAUCACCCAAAGCAGAUGAGAACAUUCAGCGGAUCCGCUCCAGUCUUCCCACGGCGGUCGACACUUGUAUCAAAGCAGCAGGUCACGAAUUCGAUGCCUACUGGCAGAAGCGGUUAUUGAAGGCCGCGUCCUUCGGGAAAUCCGUCCUCGAGCUCUAUAACAGUGAUGAGUUUGUGGAAAUGGCCGAAAAGCUUCGCGUUCUCACAGCAGCAAGGGAUUAUCAUAUUGGCUUGCCUCUUUCUUACGAGCAAUACUUGCGUCUCACCCCCGAAGGCCUCGUUGAGCGCUUGAUUAAUCGACAUGAGUACUUGCUUGCAAUCCGAGUCUCAGAAUAUCUCCAAAUCCCGGCCGAUCGAAUCUACGUUCACUGGGCGAGCCAAAAAGUCAAGGUCUCAACAGUAGAUGAUGAAGCUGUAUGCAAGCUCAUUGUCCAGAGGCUGGAGGGAAAACCCGGCAUCUCCUUUGAGAUCAUUGCUCAGGCUGCCUAUGACGAGGGUCGCUCCCACCUGGCCACUCAGUUGCUGAAUCACGAGCCACGGGCUGGAAAGCAGGUUCCCCUGCUGUUGAACAUGGAAGAGGCUGAGCUUGCUCUUGAUAAGGCUAUUGAGAGCGGUGACAAUGACCUCGUGAACUAUGUGCUUUUGCACCUGAAGAGUAAACUUCCUCUGGCAAGCUUUUUCCGAAUGAUCAAUACCCGUCCCGUGGCUUCUGCGCUUGUGGAAACUGCUGCACGAGGCGAGGACACAGAACUGCUCAAGGAUCUUUUCUAUCAGGACGACCGACCCAUUGAGGGCGCUAAUGUCCUGCUCACAGAGGCCCUGCGUGAAACAGAGCUACAGCGGAAGACUGAGAAACUUCACCUGGCAUCACGCUUGUUGUCCGACUCUAAAGAUGCGACUGUGGUACUUCACCAAAAGCUGGUCUCCGAGGCUUCUCAGCUUUUGAAGGUCCAAGAAGCGCUGGAUAGGGACUUGGAAGACCGAACCGAGUUUGUCGGUUUAAGUCUCAACGAGACUGUUUACAGGCUUAUCCGGGCUGGCUACGGGAAAAGGGCCCACAAGAUGCAAGGUGAAUUCAAGAUACCUGAGCGGACGUACUGGUGGUUGAGGCUCAGAGCCUUGGUGGCUAAACGAGACUGGGGUGAGUUGGAGGAGCUUGCCAAAACCAAAAAGUCUCCAAUCGGAUGGGAGCCUUUUUAUAAUGAGAUUCUGGGCGCGGGAAACACCAAGCUGGCAUCGGUAUUCGUCCCGAAAUGUACCAACCUACCCGUGGCCGAGCGAAUUGAGAUGUGGGUCAAGUGCGGAAUGAUUGUGAAGGCGGGAGAAGAGGCACAGAAGGCCAAGGACCUGAACACCCUGGAACUCCUUCGUACACGAGCGUCCGGGCCUGCAAUUACCGAAAUCGAACGCAUGAUCAAUCAAAUGAGACCGAGGAAGUGA